GUGCAGAUCAUCACGAUGAAGCUGUUGGUUCUAGCUACGUUGCUCCAGUUAGCGCUGCUCCAGACAAACUUCCGCCCAGUUGUGGCAUCAUCUUUUAAAGAAUGUGAUGGUCAGCGGUACUACACAACGUGCGGAGCUGGUGCCAUGUGCCAGUUCGUCCAAAUAUGCUUGGGAGGCAUGCAAGAGUUCAAAUCCUGUCCUAUGAUGGACUAUACCAAACCGUACUGCAAUCGGGGUGAAUGUUCGGAAACUCCUGAAACCUUUGACGAGGAAUGUAAUCCACGGAUGCUUAUUUGCACCGGAGAGGGAAUAUUCCCAGAUCCAGAUAUCUGUUCCCUGUAUCACAACUGCACCGCUAUCAACACUAUAUCAAGCGUACUCCAGUGCCCAACGGGGGAGGUCUUCGAUCCGGAAGCAUUGGCCUGUAAGCAGCCAACUGUGCCGGAAGAUUGCAUGAAGAUCAAGUGUGACGUCAACGAGCUGUUUUCUCGCUACGGAACCAGCAAGCAAUUUUACGGAUACUGCGAAAUGUACGCAGGUCCAAUGUCUUAUGUUUUCAUCAAAGUUUUCAAGUGCCCAGAUGGAACCACCUUCAACGGGAAGGGCUGCUCGUACGGAUGUGCCGAAGUGGGUCGUUUUGGAGAUAGUACCGAUCCUAGUGUGUACUACGAGUGUUACGAGCAGGGGGUCGAUGCGAUUCGAAAAACUUGUCCUGUCGGGAAGGUGUUUGACACGGCUAGAAAAGCUUGUAGAACGCUGAUUGCAUAAGUUGUCAAGGAGGUGUGGUUUUUAAUAUGUUAAUAAACCUUACAGAAUAAAAUACGCUUACUAAUUUGUUUAUGUCA